CUUACGUUCUGGAGCCAAUGAUAAGGCACCCGUAGCGAAGAAGCCAUGGCCUGCAUCACCACGAGCUAUGGCACCAACGAAGUCAUUAGUUCGGCUCCGUAUCCGCCGCGCCCGAGCAAGCUCUAUAUUAGGUAAUGUGAUUCCUCUUAUACGCUUAUACGUGAAUAUGCAACUCCGUCUUAACCUUAUCUACGUCUGUGAAUCACGACAAAUUGCGAGCUCUAAGUCUUCGUGAUAGUGUCAUUUUGAUUCAAUACAGCUGCCUGAAUCCCCUCUUUUCGGGAUAGUUCGUUCGCGGGGCGACGGAGAGCUGCUACUCCAACACUAUUUCAAGGAAGACACCCGACACUUUUUGACACUCCAUAAGGAAAUCAAUUCGGAUAUUUUAAUCGCUUCCAGCUACGUUUCUUUCUUGUCAUUCUCGCGAUACUUGUUCCCGCCAUGGUUCUUGAAUCAAGAUGGACAGUACCAAUACCGAAUUGCUCGGUACCAAAAUGGGUAUUCGGGUCCUCCUUCGACUCACUCCCAGAUAAUCCCCAAUUUAUUGAUGUUGACCGCCCGGAGACACGUUUCAUCACCCAAUCUGACUUUCGGCUGUGGUCGAAGCGGCUGGCCUUGGGAUUAAUGCGAGCAGGUUUGAAAACUGGCGACCGCGUACUCCUCUUCUCUGGCAACUCGCUCUUCACCCCCGUAGUUUUCAUGGGUAUUCUGAUGGCAGGGGGGGUUUUCACAGGCGCUAACCCUAGCUUUGUCGCUCGGGAACUUGCUUACCAGCUGAACGAUAGCGGCGCUUCGUUUCUAAUUGCAGCCGACGCUAGCAUGGAGAUCGCCAUAGAAGCCGCUGACAAGGCCGGUCUUCCGAGGAGUCGAAUAUAUAGUUUCGACAUAAGCGCUCUUGAUAAGCAACCGGGCAAGGCACGACUCGGGACUCAACAUUGGACUUCUCUCCUCGCCCCUAAGAACGACGCAGUCAAGUUUGACUGGGCUGAACCCGCCGAUGCGAGAACGACAAUAUGUGCUCUUAAUUACAGCUCAGGAACGACAGGUGUGCCGAAAGGCGUCGAAAUCACACAUUAUUCCUAUGUCGCGAACGGCCUCGGGGUUAACUAUAUGGAGCGACUAGAUCCCGAAUAUGACGAAAAGAAGAAACGAUACCGUCGUCUGGGCUUGUUACCAAUGUAUCAUGCAUACGGUCAGACCUUCUUUGUCUGCAAUUUUCCGAAAGAAGGCGUUCCAGUAUAUAUCAUGUCUUCGUUCAAUUUUGAAAAGAUGCUGCAGUGUAUCGAGAAGUUUCGUAUUGACACUCUGAUGGCCGUGCCACCUAUCGUGGUCCUACUUGCCAAAAGUCCUCUUAGCCGCAAAUAUGAUCUCAGCAGCCUCGAGAAUAUAGGCUCUGGUGCCGCACCGCUAGGGGCCGAAGUCAGUGAUGAGGUCACUAAGCUUUGGCCGGACGGUGCUUUGAAUCUCCGUCAGGGAUGGGGCAUGACGGAAUUAACGUGUUCAAGUACAAGUUGGCACCCUAAAACGACCGGCAAAUCCGCAGCCGUGGGCGAAUUAUUGCCAAAUUGCAAAGCGCGUAUCAUGAGAAUCGACGGCUCAGGCGAGGUCACCAAAGCCAACGAGAGGGGCGAGGUAUGGAUUACUGGUCCUACGCUCUUCAAGGGCUACUGGAAAAAGCCAGAAGCUACCGCGGCUACUCUUCAUGUCGAUCCAGAUGGCACCCGUUGGCUGAAAACCGGCGACGUUGGGUUUGUGGAGAAAUACGAGCCGGGUGGACUGCUUCACAUCGUCGACCGCAUUAAGGAGCUCAUCAAAGUGAAGGGUAAUCAAGUAGCACCGGCCGAACUCGAGGGCGUAUUACUCGAAAACAGAGGUGUCCGCGACGUCGCUGUCGUCGGCGUUACGAUCAACGGCGAGGAAGUGCCACGUGCAUACAUUGUGCCAGACCCCGAGGCGAAACAGACGGAGCAGGAAAUUGCCAAGUGGAUGGAAUCUAAGGUUAUCAACUACAAGCGGCUACGAGGCGGUGUAAAGUUUGUCGAGGCUAUUCCCAAGAAUCCGUCCGGCAAGAUCCUUCGAAAAAUACUGAGAGACCAAGCAGCGGACGAAGUUGGUGAUAGCAAACCAGGAAUGGCGAAGUUAGCCUAAAGCUGAGCAUGCGUAAUAGCGAAGAUAUUAAGUUGUUUUUUCUUAGAGAUGCAUAUAAGAGUGUAAAAGGGAUUCAAUGCUGUGUAUAUGGAUCCCUCUGGGUUUAACAGAUUCACGAUAUCUAAGAAACUCAUGAGGUAUAUUAUGAGAAGCUGCUUCUCCCAGCGCAGCCGUAGGGGCGCAUUGGACCAAUGCAUGCUCCUUACGAUUUUAUACAUAGGUACCUAGGUAUUUAAUUCAAUGCGCAGAAUUUGAACUGCUA